AUUCGGCCGGCCGCAUGCCAUCCCCGACGCUCCGCGCCAAGGUCCUCCUCCUCCAUGGCAGUGACACGAUCACGGACGACGAGGACGAGUGGCUCCCGACGACGCCAACGUCGACCGUCGUCACGGACGACUCGCCCGUCGUCGAGCACGGCGCCAACAUGACCACGCUCAAGCGCCGCAAGCCGCUCUUGCACCGGUUCUUUGGCCGCAAGGCGUCGCUGGACGUCUCGUAUGGCAGCGCCAGCUACGUCUACCACGGCGAGGACGCGAUGGCGGUUGGCAGCUACUACCAUGUUGUUGCGGACGGCGUGUCGGCCAGCGGGUCGGAGGAAACCGGCCGGCCGAGCCGCGAGAGCCCGUCCGCGCUCUUGGCGCGCACACUGGUCGAUUGCGUCGAGAAAGCGCUGGUGCAGUACGAAACCUUCUUGGUGCAGUGCCCGAACGCUGGCUCGACCACGGGGUUCCAAGACCGCGUGCUCUCGGCGAUAUCGCUUGCGCAGAGCCAGCUCACGUUUGCACCAACGAUGGCGUCGACUUUGGUCGUGUGCUACAUUGACCGCCGCGCACGGUGCCUCUACACGUUCUGCGUCGGCGACUCAAAGGCCAUUGUCGUCCGGAAAGGGCGGGUCGUCUACGAGACCUUUGCCGUCCUGAAAGAGUUCAACGCGCCGGCGGUCGUCAACGCCAAGUCGGUCUCGCGCUUCAUGGUCCAGACGCUCAGCCUCCAAUCUGGCGAUCGCCUCGUCACCUUCUCGGACGGCGUCGGCGACAACGUGUUCAAAGCCGACCUCUGCGCGUUAGUUGCACCGUCGCAUCCGCCGCGCCUCUCGGCCAAGUCCAAGAUGCUACACGCGAGCGCCGAGCUGCCCUCGUCCUUGUGCUCGAGCGUUGCGCACGCAGCGCUGGCCAACGACGGCCACGACUGGCGGGAGUACCCGUUCAGCGUCGCGGCGGCCAAGGAGUACGUCGGUCGCGUCGGCCGCAGCGGCGGGUGCGCGGAAAAGAAGAUUGCGGCGACGCUCAAGGCGGCGCUCAAGGACACACCUGCUACGUUUGACCGGAGCAUCGCGGCCUGUCCCGCCGAGGCGUACACGCACCACUACGCGCUCGCCCAAGUCCAGCGCAUGGCAAGCCUCACGCACAAGAAGCCCGACGACAUCUCCAUCUGUCUCUCCGUGUUUGCAUGAGCUCGCUCGCGUCCAUUCCUUUAUUUAACCCAUGUAUCGAUCGAGCCCGUAAACGUAAUUAAUGAAUCGACCAAGUAUGAACAAGCAA